AUGAGCUCCCCAAAAUGGCUACUGCCAGUAUCUGUGUUCUCAGGUGGAGUACCAGUUGCCUCCUGGUACUGUGUACCAGGUCCUCCAAGAUCAGGAGGAGUGUCUAAGCCUCCUUUCAGAUCGUUACCUCUGUGCUGGGACUUGGGAGCGUGUGAGAACUUGCAUGUGCCCUUUAAGGAGGGUCUGUGUUACCCACAGCCCUGUGGCUCCUGUACACAAGCCCCACUGGCCUUUGUAGCCAGAUGUUCUGAGUACCUGUCUUCCCAGUGUAGGACCUCCAGGCUGGGGAGCCCGGUGUGGGCCUUGCCCCCCUCACUCCUAGGGCAGAACCUCACCAGUUGUGAUGAUCCUUCCAUUUGUGAUGUUGCCUACUCCAGGAAGGUAGGUCUUGACUGA